AUGCAGGGACAUGUCGGUGGGGAGAGUUUGGGGAAGGAGGUCAAAGAUGUUUAUGGUCUUGAUGAUGAAGUUUCCUUUAGAAAUGUCAAUGUACCUUCAGAAAACCGGCCACGUCCAUUGCAUCUUGGAACGGCUACACAAAUUGUGGCCUGCCUUCUUUGUAAGCAAAACUUAUUGAAACAUGUAAGGAAUCUACUCAAUGUACUGAGUCUCAAGGAGAGGAAGAUCAUCAAGCUGAGGUUUGGGAUUGAUGGUGGGAAGCAGAGAUCGUUGUAUGAGAUAGGAGAGAUUUAUGGACUGUCUAAGGAGAGGGUAAGGCAGCUAGAGAGCCAAGCAUUGUAUAGGCUUAAGCAGAACAUGAACAGCCAUGGACUCAUUGCUUAUGCUGAUUUGCUUGUCUAG